GUUACGAUGGUUCGGAGGUCCUCCUCCUCCUCCUCCUCGAGCUGCCACCGGUACCUCCACUCCGCCUACUACCUCAGGCACCCGAUGCGGCUCGCCUUCGUCUUCGUCAUCUUCGUUAUUGCCAUCUGGGAUUGGCCUUCCCUACCUAAUCCGGGAGCAUGAGGUGAGGGACGCCCCAUUCUUCGUUCCGCUCGUAUGAUUCUUUCUUCCCUAAUUUUUGUCUUUGCUUGAUUCUGAUCGUUGGCUAGAUUUGAAGUUCUCGGUAAUUGGAUCAUCUUAUAUUGCUUGCCUAUAAAAACCUACACACCAGAUUUCUUUACCUUUAAUGAGAACAAAAAAAAAAAGGCUGGAACAAGAAUGGUCUAUCUGUGGAGCCAUCAUUUCUUCUAUGUUGGUUGGAACUGGAGAGCCCCUUAACUUUUCUGGUAAGCAUUGCAACCAUCGUCUUGAAAAUUGGAGAACAUGUUAUUUGGGGAUGCAAAAGGCAUGAUUUCAGUUCAAUAAAUUGAUAAAGUGGCUCCUUUGCAAUGUGUGAACUCCUCUACCAGAAACACAUUUCAAGAUUUAAGAGGACCGAUUGCACGAUCAUGUAAAAUUCAAUGUUUAUGUAUUCGUCUAUCGUUCCUUUAGUUUAGUGAUGUUUGAAGGUUGCUCUACUGAUGUUUCCCUGUGGCUACAGAAAGUAGAGGGGUGGUGGUCAUGCGGGGCGAAGUUUCCUCUGGUACAAAUGACAAACUUAUCAAUGAAUUUGAUCUUGUUAACAAUCAACGUAGAGAAAAGGUUAAGGCGACUACGCUUCUUUCGGGUUUGUUUUGAAUACAAUAGCCUCUCAAGGCUAUAGUUUCAUUUUUAUUUAUGAACUAACUUCUUUUCUUGGCUUUUCAAUCUUAAGAUUCAAUUGUAAUUACGUGAUGUCUUUCCCUCUAUGACCGGUCGCAAUCAAAGAGUGGUGUGAAUAGUUUUUGUGGCCUUGGAGCAACCCUUGUGGACUCUCUCCAUGCACUAUACGUAAUGGGUCUAAAAGAUGAAUUUGAGAAGGCUAGAGAGAGGACGCUGUGACAUCCAACGACGGGUGUGUCAGGGCCUGCAGUUGGCACGCCUUGGGGGGACCUCCUCCUCCACCACCACCACGAUGGCGUCAGGCGUACGGACGGCUGCAGCGGAGCAGGUACGGCGGCUCGUCCGCCCUUUCGUGGAAACACGGACAGGAGCAAGUGACGCGUCGGAGUCACGUGAGCCGAGAUGCGUUCCGUCGUCGGCCUCCUCGGGCAAGCCCACCAUCAACCUGUCGCUGCUCGCGAUACGGCUACCUCGCGUGGAACCGACGGCGGCCGUGGGAGUAGGUGGCGUGUUGGCGUCACGUGAUGGGCGCAACAUGACUGCUACUACGUACGGUCGUAAGUGGAUCUUACCUCCCACGUGCGAGGCAGGUCUCUGAUCCAGUAUUUGGACUGCUGCAUCUACCGAAAGGGAAUGCGUCGAUGAAUGAUGGUCCAUAUUAGAAUGCGUAUAAUCCUAAUCUCUGUAUAAUUCCAAUGCAAGCAGACACAUUUGAUGCAUAACUUGCAACGUGUUCUCUUACACGAAUAUUAUUGUGCAACUUCAAGCCGUGGGGGAGGUAUCACGGCUCCGAUCGAUAUC